GAAAAACAUAAAUGAAUAUGAAUGAACAAGUCACAAUUGACAGAAUCUUGACUCAAAUAAAUUGUUAUUGAUUAAAAAACGUGACAUAAAUGACACAAAUGCAGCAUUGAAAUCUCAUUUAAUCGUGCAUUAUAUGUGCUGUUUAUCCUUUAUGUAUAUACUUGAAUACAUGCUUUUCAAACCAGAAAUCAUAAAUACUUGAGUAGGACCUUAACAGGUGCUCACUAAAUGAGUUAACAAGUACGCUGUCAAAAUGGAUAUAUAAUAUACCUGCAUUAUUGUGUAGACCAGAUAUAAUCAUUUAAAUGAAGUAACUCCUCAUACACUGUAGAGAAAAAAAGAAAGAGGAAAGAAAGAUUGGUAAAAUUAUUGACAGCUUUCAAAUAAAUUCAAAGAAGUUUCUAUCACUCAUCAAAUCAUUGGUCGCGUGAACAAAGUUGACCAUUGUUGCGGAUUCCGUGCAGGAGUGUCAUAGUCAUAAAUAUAAUAAAUCGCCUCCAGGCAAAUGUCACGAACAACGCGUUAUCCGUGGCCCGUGACAGUGCCUUUGUUUGCUAUAAAUAGAAAAAGCAUAUUAUGAAACUUUUAAAAGAACGUUUUGAUUUUUGUAAUGAAAAUUGAAAGGAGAAAUGAUUUUAAUAUAGAUUGAUUCAGAUCUUGCAUCCUUUUAAACUUACUUUUUAUUUUGUGCGUCAAUGCCAAAAUAUUAGAUAAUUUCACUAUGGAACUGAACAAUGUGGGAAACAGUAAAAGUUCCAUAUAUAUGGCAAUAUCAUUUAAAAAACUGUGUUUGGCAACAGUGUCUUUACCUCUGGUCACACUUUUAGUCUGUUUUGUUACAGCAUAUAUCUUUCAACAAGAUGAUAUCCAUGAAACACACUGCAAGGUUUAUAAUGUACUUCCAUCGAUCUCAGCUAUCACUGGUAUAUCUCCUCAACGAUAUUUGUGGCGCAUAAGCAUAGCUCUACACAUAGGUCCUCGCUUAAUUAUUGCUACUGUAUAUUAUUCAUAUUAUUAUAAAAUACUUAAAACAGUUGAAGAUGUACCUUCCAAAAUUAUGGGAUUUAGACUUUUAGAUCUAUGUUAUUGGUUAAGCAUGGCAGAAGUGGCAGCACUAUGUGGAGUCACAUAUAUUUCUAACAGAGAAAAUUAUUAUGUGCAUGAAAAAAUUUUCAUUAUCUUUAUGAUCAGUUCUUUAACAUAUAUGCUAGCAGAAGUGAGAUUGGGUCGUCUUGUAACACCAAAUGCACCAAGUCUUCAAUACAAACAGGCACUUUUUGUAACUAGUCUUGUUAGUACUGUUGGUCUCAUCGUUUUCUUUCUAAAGCAUAGGUUACUAUGUCAUGAUCUCGCAUUUAGCUGGUUUUCCUUUUGCGAGUAUGUGAUUGCCUCUGCAAAUAUGGGUUUUCAUGCAACCGUAAUUCUAGACUUUCCCAAGGAGCAGCUGGUUGUUGGAAAUGGUUUACCUGCCUCAAAGGUGGAUUAACUUGUAACAUUUUAUAUUCAUUAUUAUCUUAUUAUUGUCAUCAAAGUGCCUACUGCCACUGUCUGGAAGUGCUAUUGCCAAAAGUGAAAAAGUAUAUAAUACCAUACUAUAUAUAGCUGAGUAUCCACUAAUGAAUAUUGGUAAAUAUUUCUUAAUAAAAUAAUUGUACAUUAUAUGAAUGAAAUCAAAACCUUAAUGAAAUCAAAUAUUCAAUGUUCUUAUCUUAAGGAAAACAAUUACGAAUGCAAGAUCUAUAUAGCAGUUAUAAUUUAUAUUUCUCCUUUUUAUAAACUUACUUUGACUGAUUAUAAAUUUAUUUAAAUUAUAAUUUAUACUCAAUAGUACUUUUAAAAAUAUUUAUUUGUGACAUAUUUAAAUAUUUCAAUAAAUAUAUCACAGAUAAUGAUUUUUAUUAAAAGAUAUUUUAUAUAUUUGGUGGAUACUUGAUUUAAAGCACAAUACUUUUUCUUCUAGCAGAUUUGAUCAAAAUAGUAUUAAUUAUAUUCUUUUAUGUAAUGCUGCAGAUAUGUAAGAUACUUUUUACUUUAGCAUUUCUUAGUUACUGAUGACUUUUUUCAUAAAUACAGUUUCCAAUUAUUUCAUAUGAAAAGGCACAACUGAAGAUUAAAGCUAAAAGGGAAAAAGUAUAUUUUAAAAAUCUAGCGCUUCCAAAGUAUGGCACUGGUAUCUUCCCAGGCAAUGAGAAAAAAUCUUAAAUGGCCUUUUAGGUAAUGAGAAUUUGUAGUGAUACGGGACAAAUGUGUAUCCUACAUACAAACAAUAUUAAGCUUAAAAGUCCAAAAUAAUAAAAUUUCAUAUUUUAUUUGUGUGCAUCUAUUGCAAAAAGAAAAAAAAGGAAUUAUUAUUAGCACAAAGUAAAUGCCCUUUUAUAGUGAAUAUUAAAUUGCUUCUCUGGAAGUUCUUUAAGAUGUGAGAUUUCUAGUCAGUAUUUCAUUCUAGUCCUUUUAUAACUUUUUCUUUCCUUUUUUUUUCUAUCUUUUUUUAUCUGCUUUAAAAGGAGCAUUGUUAUCAUGUCAUGAAUUUUUGACACAUUGUUAGCAUGUAGGAUGCAUUUACCUACGUUUAUGAAAUAACUGUAUGUAAUUUUAAUUUAAGAUACAGUAGAGAUAUUAUUCAUCAUUGUACAGUUGUAAUACCAUUAAUAUAUUUUAUCGUAUGCAUAUAAUACACAAAUCACACAUCAUAUAAAAAUGAAAGGAAAAAUAUAACCAAAAGAGAUAUAAGUUACUCAAUAUUCACGUACCAUGGAUUAUAGCAAUACUGUGUUAUGAACAUAAGGAUGAAUUACCAUGUUCAUAUAUGUAGCAUAUAAUCUUUAAGUGCAAUCGAUUGGUAUUCAAGUAAUCUCAACGAAAAUAGAAAAUGCUGACAGAAAGUGAAAUUGAUGACUAUCUUGUACGAUAUGUUCCCGACCAAAGCAUGAAUAUUACGUCCAAAAACCACGGAGUAAAUUGAAAAAGUUAAUUCAGAUCACUGUUUGUACUUGUACUAAAUUUUAUAAUCACAUUACACCCUUUCAAGAUACUCACAUUAAAUAUUUCACAGAAAGUAUUAAAUAAGAAAAAGGAAAAACUGUUUGUGAUGAAGUGCACUAUUAUUGUUAUUGGAAUCAGUUGUAUAAAUCCCAAACAUUACACAUAUAAUUAUGAGAAUAUUACUUAAGUAAGAUCAUGAUUGCGUUUCUUAAAAAUUUUGUUUCAAAUGCAACUAGCUUGAAGUAUGUUUACAUCGUACAAUUUGAUAUAAGGAAUUUUUUCUUAUAUUGCUUUUACUCUUUUGUUGAUGAAUACAUGUCGUCAAUGUAUUUCUGUAUUAUUUACAAAAACGAUUACAUAACAUUUCUUUUUGUGCUGUAAUAUAUUAAAUUAUUGUUUUAUAAAUUCGAUUGCCAAGUGUUCAAAAGCAUGUGAAAAUUGUAAGUCAUGUACAAUCACUCGAGCAACAUAUAUUGGUGGUUUUUAUUGUAAUACAAAAGCAAGCGUUUGUACUCGUUUAGAUAAAUAUUUAUAGAAAGGGAGCCAUCUUCGAUUUCGAUAAUCUUUUAAUAUAUUGUCAAAAUCACCAUCCUAAAUUGUAUUGUGAAACCGUAUUCCGUAAAGACCAAAUUUAGCGUAUCUAUUCAUUUCUGUUUAAGUUGAAAUAGGGGUUGGAUUAGCUUAGAUCUUUUUCGGGUGAGAGUGCAGGGGCUGGGACGAAGUCCCUUCCAUGCCCACACCUUUACUGCAUAACAUACGUCAUUUUGUAGUAACGAAAUUAAAUACAACGAGCUGUUCAAUACUGAUCGUGAGUUAUCUUUUUUUUGUUGAAAAAGUUUAAAAAGUUAGUUCUGUAGAAGUUAUAAGAAAUACCAAUAGCAUAGUCUUCAGUAUGUAAAGAUAAAGAGGAAAGAUAAACAAGAGCAUUCGAUUUACAUUUAUGCAUUUUAUUAAAUACAAAUGGUGCCCAGAAAAUUAUGUAUUUUUGAGUAAACGUUUUUUCAUAAUAACUUUUUAAUAAACAAUGACCUCCAACUAAAACCUUCACGGCACUACCUAGGAUGAUGACACUGAUAAUAUAUUAAAAAAUUAUCGAAAGAGGGGCUGCCUUUCUGUAAAUAUCUACCUUCGUUCGUAAUCGUCACACAGAAAUAAUUACGGGCUAUUACUAAUUAAUUUAUCGGUACAAAUAUUAAAAUCUGUGCCAAGUGAUGUAUUAAAGAUACUGUAUGUACCAUAUUACAUAAAUUUUGAUUUGACAACAGAAUAUCUUUAAUGAAUCACUUAUUCAUGAUUAACCAUUUUUAUAAUUUUACUUUGUUUGAAUAUAUGUACUAUUUCGAAAUUGAACGAAUUUCUAUACUUUAUGCACACAAAAUGAAACAUACACUGUUUUUCUAUGAUAAUUGCAAAAAUAGUUUAUUUCGCUCUAUAUAGGGCGUUUCAAAGAGGAUGUACAAAUUUUUGGGAGAUUAUAACGGAUAAUUUUAUAUAUGAAGAUUCUGUUCUUAAUGUAUGUUUAGUUAAUAAAUUACAAUUUUAUCGAUAUCGUAAUAAACUUAUACAUUCAAUGAAAAUAUCAGUAUCAAUGUAAUAUUUGUUACAUGAAAUUUAUAAAACUACUAAUGCAAUGUUUGUAAUAUUCGAGGUUUGUGAUCUUAUUAUCAUUGCGAUAAAACGUUUUAGAGGAUUAUAAUUGCUUAUAAUUCUAUAAUUAUUUUGAAACUUUAUUAUGAGUAUAAUACAUUAGAUAUUAUAUAAUAUAGACGGGAUUAUAAAUAAACGCACGUAAAUAGCAGACUAAUAAGAUCUAAAUUAAGAAAUCCAAUCUUAAUUUUUCUAAAGUUCUAUUGAAUUGUAUUAUAUGUAAAGUCAUUAAUAGAUAAAUACUAGAAAUCGACAUUUGUGAUUUAAUUUUAUAUUUUCAGGAUAUUGAAGUAUCAAAAUAUAAAAAAUUGCAUUUAUCUUCCAAGAAUAGAAUUGUUAGCUCAAAAAAUAAUUGCGUUAUUAUAAAUAAACAAAUAAUUGAAAUUAAACUUGGAUUUCUAUCGUGAAGUAAUUAAGAAAAUUAUUUUAAUUAUUAUAAAUAGAAAAUUUAUAUAAACCUACAAAACUAAAAAUAUUUGUGUUCACACAGUAUAGCUAAAAUAAUUCUCAAUUUAAUUAUUAAUUAGCACAAUAUAUUUUUUAUUGAAAAAGUUAUUUUUCGCUAAAAUAAUCUCCCAAACAAUUGUUCAGAAUCUUCCUCUCUCUUGCGUACGACAACUUACGUGAGAAUAUAUUCGGAAUUACUAUAAAUAUUGACACAUACAUUUAACUAGAUAAUAUUGUAUCCAUCGCUAUUCAUUUCAGUAUCUGAUUUUAUAGAAAACUUGUACAUAAAUAUUAUCUUUAUAUUAUAUAAACAAUCACUCGCUGGUUCAAGCGGCAGAGAAAGGUACCGCAGUUCAUAUAAAAUAGGAUCGUCUUUGUCGAUGUCAGAUUGUGACUUGUAGCAACCUUAACUUGUGUCGGAUCUCUAUUUAAUUAUGUCAGCCAGUUGGCAUGAUAACACUGUCAUGAAAUAGGCUGAACGCCUCCGUGCCGCUGUUCGAACAAGUCUAUUCUGUAAAGUACAUAGUUGGAAGCGGGUUCUGGAGCAGAGUGAUACCUGCACUAUAAUUCUAGCAAUUAUAUAUUAAAACCGCCACACUUACACUUUGCUCUCUCUGCCUCGUGUGUACAUAGAGCAAAUGCACAUAUACAUAUAUACAGAUACGAACAUAGUCGAAAAUAUUGAAAACACAGUGAGAGAAAUUUUUUAUCGCGAUUCAUACUCGGAUCAAGAGAGUUGAUGGUAACAGUUGGCAUAUAGAAUCUUGAUUGAUCGAAGAUUAUGAGGGUAUUCUAGUUUAGAAAGCUUAAAAUUCGAUUUUUGGAUCUUUUCAUUGCAUAGGUGAUAAAAAUGUGUUCCUAAAAUAUUUAUGUAGGUAUAUGAUAUGCAUAAAAUUGAGAUAGCGGUACACAGGUUUAACAAUUCAUAAGUAUUAGGACACUUACUGAUUUUAUGUACCAUGUAGUAAUUGAUCCAGAUUAUUAAGAAACCGAUUAAUCGGUCAGAAUUAUGCAUUUCGAGUUAAGAAUAUGUGAAAAAUGUUUAUAAAUGUUAUUUAUGCAGAAAUUGUGGAAAAUAAUAAAUUGUAUAUUGAAGUCCGCAAUUUGUUAAUUUAAAUUUCAUUUCAGAGUGAUAUAUUCAUGGAUGAUAACGAUUUAGAACAAGCAAAAAAUAUUUGUAAAAGUUAUUUACAAAAAUUAUAGAAAACAAUUAAUCGACAAUUCUAUACUGACACUCACAAUUCUUUGAUUUGACCACUUCAUUGAGAAUAUUUUAAAUAAAUUAAAUAUUUUUAUUAUUAACUUUUAUUAAUAUUUUUUAUUUUUGAAAUACAUGAAACCAAAGAUCAAUAAAUACGGUGGACAAUCUAAUAAUAUCAGAAUCCCGGGAAAAUAAACGUUAAUUGCAUUAUUUAUAAUUGACGACAUUUUUAUACCAUAUAUAUACAUUAUACAGCUGUUCUAUAUUAUAAAAUUUUAAACCAAUUAUAAUAAUUAGACUGCGGAUGUUUAUAAACAUAAAAUAUGUAGAUAUAUACAUAAAAAUAAACAAAAUAUGUCAGAAAUAUAUUUAAUGUAUGUUUAAAAUUUCAAAUAUUUAACAAUUGAAUAUCUAGCAAUAUCUAAUAAUAAAUUACAAACAAUUUGUCCAAAUUUGCCGUUGUUAAUUGAUGAUAUUUGCGUGUAAAAUAUAACACUCGUCAGUCUUUUCAAAUAUUUGUAUUUCACAAAAUUUAAGAACAGUUCUCAGACAUUUCCAUCCUACUCGCCACACAGCUCACGUUGGAGGUAACGAUGCGAAUUAAUCAAAUCGAACUAUCUUAAUUCGAAACACGUGGUAUUACAUCUGACGCUUAACCAACCAUACGAAAUUUCAAAUACAUAGUUUAACGUAGUCCAUAUUUAACAUUGAUUACAUAUUAUUGUUACUAGCACUUUAUACAGUUAUGAUAAACUAAAUCAAUAUAAUAGGAUAAAUACGUCACAUAAGCAUGUAAUAUGUUUUUACACAUGUGUUUAAACAUAAAUGUGCAAAAUAUCCGCAUUAUGCAAAGAGUGGAAAACAAAAAAAAGCACAUUUUUAUAGUCUUUUAUAGUCUAUAGUUAUAUAACAAAUUUCUAUCGGGUUUUCGUUUUUCUACUUGCAUUCUAUAAAAAUGUGCACUUGCAUAAACUUCUGCAGUCUAACAAUAACUCCAAAGGUUUUAAUCUGAUGUUACUGAUGUUAUUAAAAUAAAAAAUUUAAUAAAAUUAAAUUUAUUAGGUUUAUCUCAUUUUCCGUAUUGUGUCCUAAUACUUAUGAAGUACUUAAGGUGUAAGCUAAUUAAAGCUAAUUAUAAUGACGCCGAAAAGUUUGAAUGCAUUCUGCCUAAAUUAGUAUUUCUCAAAUUGGUGGCACAGUUCUCUCGAAAACCAUCAAUUAACUUGCGCUUUUGCACGUAUACAGAAUAACAUUGGCUAUUGUUUGAGUUAGAAUUAUAUCGUUACCUAUGAUUUCUUCUCUUUUAAGAUUAAAAACAGUCGCAAAGACCGACGUUUUGACAAAUAUUGUAUGUACAUUACUUAUAAUAGUACAGACGAUAUCUAACUUAUGUAACUUUAAAAUAAUACUAAAAUAAUUCAUUUGCGUCAUAAAAUGUUCAAUCUGUGCCACCAUUUAUCUAAAACUAAUAUAACCUCUAUUUUCCUAUAUUGUGAUAUUGACAUGAACUAUUCGAAAUAUCUACAUACAAUAUCAUUUCUUGUCACGUACCAAAAAUCAAUAAAAACUAGUCGUCUAAAUCGGAAUAUCCCAUAAAGUUUACGAUUAAAGAGAUGAAAACUGAAAAAUGUCGGGACAAAUUUUAGAGAUAUACAUAUGUAUUAUUUAUUUAAUAUCUCUAAAUCGUUGCAUGCAUGUACGCACGUUAGUGUUUUCGAGAGGAGCUUUUUACCAUUUGACGACGCAAGUUUCAACAGGUAUUUAAAAUCUCAUCUUCGAAAGAUGGAAUUUGUAGAAUACACGAUAAAAAAAAUUGUAAGAGACUUUUAUUACGAUAAUACAUUCGCUCUCUCGGAAUGAUUAAAGAGAGAAAAAUACAGUUGAUGAAACUAUGAUGAAAUUAAUUAAAAAUAUUUGCUCUGCUCGUAGGAUAUUAUUCGUGUUUUUUAUUCUUUAGGCCGACAAUAUUAAGUUUAAGGUCAACAUUUUACGUAUAGUUAUUUGCAAGCAGGAUACGAGACGUUGUCUCGUAACUAUAGAAUCAUUCUAAAAUUUUAUAUUCUGUAUAUGUUAUUAGAUUUCCAACCCUUAUCAACAAUAAAAAAUAAUGAACGAAGCGUUCCAUGUUUUAAAUCAUAUUAAGAAACCAUAUUUCGUUUAAAAUAAACAAAAAUAGAUCAAAUUUCACUGGCAAAAAGGCAACUACAAGUGAAAACGUAAAGAAUUAGAUUACUUUUUCUUUCAUAACUGCAGAACCAAUAUAACAAAAUAUUUAAUUACACAAAAAUUGAGAUCGUUAUCAGAAUACAAUAAAAUGAAAUUAUAAGAGUAAUCUACGUAAUAAUAUGUGAAAUCCCUUCUAUUUUCAAUACGUUUAACUGUUCGAUUUUGUAUACUUUUGAUCAGAUUCUGUCGUGUUGUAUCUUUUACCUCGUACUUGCAUAGGAACUACAACUUUUAGAAUGGUUUUAUAGUUGUAAGACACAGAGUAUAUACAUAUAUAUUUUUUCUUGUUUUUACUAAAGAUUCAGGAAUUCCGCACACCAGAAGCUGUAAACUUGUAAACUUAAUCGAACGUAUUAAUUAGCAAUAAUGAAACAACCAGAACAUAUCGAUUCGAUACAAUGGUCGAAACUUUGAUUUCUGUAUAAAAAUGUGGAUUUAUCGCCAUUUACAAUAAAAAUAGCGGGAAAUUAGAAAAGAUUCGCAAUUUAUUGAAAUGAAAAAUUUUAAACAUGUUUUAUUUUUACAUAAUUUAGAUAUCGAAAGUAUUCUUUUAAUUCAAUAAGCAAUACGUCCAGAAAUGGAAAUCUUAAUAAUUUUUCUUUCGCGAUACGCCAAUUAUUUAAAUAAUCGACAAUUCUGUGAUAAUCGGCACAAAUAUAUAGCUGUUUUGCUAUAGUGCUUUUGCGUUUGUAUAGUAAUUCGCGAAGUAUACGUAUUGUUAUUUAUACAGUAUCUAGUUAAGCUAGUGUAGUUAAAAAAUAUAUAAUUUGUUUACAAUUUUUCCAGAGCUGUUCUUUUUUAAUUUCGAAUAGCGAUUUUGUUAUAUAUAGGUUGCGGAUCUUUGUGCAAAUUUAUAUUCUUAUGAAUACGAUUAAAAAGAUGGAACAUAGGUAGGAAAUUGUUUUACCUAUCAAAUCUUAUAAGGAUUAUUAUAAUUUGGAUGUUUUACCUAUAUAUUUUUUCAUAUUCUAUACAGUUUUGCAUUUUAAAGUUUUUCAUAUAUGUAUAAACAUCUAAGAAUACGUAGGUAUUAUCACAGAAUUUGCUCAUAUUCUGAUCGACCACCUAAUUUCAUGAAAAAGUUUUGUAAUUCAUGAUCAUUAUGCCUAAGAAUAUAGAUUCACUUUAUGCAUUGGGAAACCAUAUAAAGGUGUCUGCGAACUUGAUAUAAAAUUAUUAUUUUCGGUUUUUUAUGUAAAUACAAUUCUAAAAAUAUGUUUCUAUGUAAAAAUUGACAUAUAUUGUGUGCCAUAGUGUGAUACACCCAUGAAUAGCACAAUAUGCAUAUUUGGUAGAUAUUAAAAUAUUCUAUAAAUGCAGUUUUAAACCUUGCUUAUUUUGUAGUAAAGUAUGUAUAUUUUAUGAUAAAGUUUAACGAUGGUAAAAUAACAAUAAACACUAGUAAUAUUACAAAUUACAAUAAACAAUAAAUUCACCCUCAAAAAAAGUUUUCGUGGUUGGUACUUAAAAAGUUAAGUACCAACUUAUUUAAAUAUAUGAAAUAUUUAUUAGGUUUUAUUUAUUCCAGUAUUCUUCUGAAGAAGUAAUAAAUUUAUUGAAAAAUUAUGUUUCCAAAUAUAAUGCAAUGGAUUAAUUUGUUAGGUCAGUAUCAGAAUUCGUAUCAUUUUAAUGAAAAAUCAUGAGCAAAUAUUGUAACUUACUAAUGGAAAUGAAAUACGAUAUUAAAAAUGAAAGAUGAUACUACCGAGGCGUGAUUUCAUUACACUUACCAUCACGAGUACAAUUAAAAAAGAUACAUUGUGUGUUACGACCGUUCGCGGAGAGACGCGAUCGCGAGAUAGCACGUCAACGAGAGUUGUAAAUUCUCGCUACGAUCAUGUUAAUCGACGCCGCGAAAUAGUCGUUCCCCUGUUUCGUUUAGGAUAACAGAGGUGGUUUAAUGAAUAUAACACUGUAUUAACAGGUUAACAUAGAACAAUAUAUUUUACAAUAAUAUGAUGAAGAUGUUACAGAAAUUUGACUCGAUUUUGUGAUAUCUCUAGAUAAAUUCGUUUGCUCGUCAGAUUUGUCGAAGUGUCAUGUUUGACUCGUCAGAAGGAACUGCCCGCCCUUCGAUUAUUUUCGUCUUUUCUGGAAGGCGACCCCCACUACGUUCGGAUCACGCCACAUUCUUUUACGCGAAGUAAAAUAACGGCCACGAGUCGACGUUUCUGGAGGUCGCCCUGCUUAAUGAACCAUGCGCUUGCCACUACAAUGUUUGUUUGCCGGGCAGCCGCGACGAUCCGUCUGCGACGUUGUAGGACCGCGAGCGACGGUUAGAAAAUACAGCCUGUGGUAAGCCUCGUGGCGUAACAUUGUGUUUUUUUAUGAAUAAAGGUAAUCAAAUCCAUCGAAUUAUAAUUCGAUUAAUAUUAUUUUCAAGAAAGUCAUAAACGUUGAAUAUUUUAAUACAAAUACACGAAAUUAAAAUGUUUGAUUCCAGUAAAAAGCUCAUAAUGAUAAAAAUAUAUUAAUCUAACUGUACGAUACGAUUAUAUGGGUCAUUUAGAUUCUAUAAAUCGACUACGACAGAAUGGUGAAUUCUUAAAUCGUACCGUCGCGUACUCACAAACCUUUAAACAAUUUUGUUAUGUAAAGUUAAUUUAAUUUAUUAACGAUACUCUGUUACUUCAUUUUGUAGUAGUACAUUUCGAUCUAUAUUCUAUAUUUUACGUGACGAAGACUAUCAAUGACACUUACAGUGGCUACGAAAAGUAUUUCCCUACCAUUGUAUUUAUUAUGCCAUUUACAUACUAUUUAAUUAGGUCCGAGUAUAUUGAAUUUCGUAUUAUUUAAUAGUACUUUCAUAUGAUUAGGAAAAUUUAAUACCAAGAACAUGAAAUGUAUAACCUGAUAAAAAAAAACACUUCAUUGGAAAAUAAGGGUCUUAUACCGUUUAUAAAAUACCUUUUGUAGCCAUUGUAUUACAUAAGAUGUAAGAUAUAAUUAAAAAACCAAGAAACUUAAAAUUAAACAACUUAACUCAAACCUAAACUGAUUUAACAAUAGUAGUAAAGGAUUAACAUCAAUUAAAUAAGAAGUAACUGGAAACAAGAUGUAAAGAAGAAGAAUGGCGAUUUAUCACUGGACAAGGUGUACUCGCGGCACUCGCUACUCUCUGUACUUUUCUGGCACCUCGCGCUUAAUCUUCUCUCAUACGCACGAUUAAUGAGAGCGAAAGUGAUCGAGCAUCACAUCCGAUUCAAACUUCAGCAUGGCUGUUGAAGGUAACUGAACUCCGUUGACCUUAAUAUAGAAAACGAAUGAGUAUACGAAAUGAACCGCGCGACGACAGAUAAAACUCGUAAAUUACCAAUAUACUGCGGAUAUUUAUACAUUUACAGGGAAUUUGAAAAUAAAGAAAUGCAUAGAAUAAAUAUAAUCUAGUGAUAAAAUCAAGUACAAUAUAUAUUUAUAAAUUUGAAUCAAAUCUAGUAUCCAAAGUUCACUUCAAAUACUAGCUGUAAGGUAUAAUGGUUCUUGCCAUUAUAAUCGCCAAGUAUUCGACAUUUAUAAGCUGGUGCCGAACCUCUGAAUGAUUCUUCGUAACUUUCGAAAAUCUACUUAUAACUACGUACUUCGAUAUUUAAAUGAAUCGAACCCUUUGUAAGUAGCAAUCCAAUCAGGAGAGUCUUGUUGAAUUCUUCUAUUUAAAUAAAUUCUGUAGAAUCAUAGACGAUAAACGGGAUUCCUAUAAAUUUUGUUUGAACAUCCACAGUUGUAACAAUUUAAGAACGAUAGCCAAGAAAAGUGAUUUUAAAUGAAGUAGAAUUUCUGUUAAAGCGCCGAUAAAGUUUCGAACCUAUACGAACAACGUUCGAUCCUCUUUAGGAGUCCUUUUUUUAUUUGUAAAAGUAUUCGUAGGGGAUUUGUAUCUGUCGCAUUUACAUUCAAGUUUGUUUAAAAUUCUCUCUAUCGCUUCUUUUCUCGAAAUACUUAUGAAGAAUAUGAAGAGCUCGUAAGGUACGAAGGGCUUGAAUCUGCACCUACUUGAGUCCAAUACUACAUAUAAUGUGCAGAAAUUAUAUAAAAUAUUGAAAGUAGAGUAUUCGUUGUAAUAUUCAGUAAGUAAAACAAAUCUCAACUCAAUUUCACAAAAAUACGAAUCUGCACAAAUAUCCGCAGUUUAAUUAUUAAAAUAUAAUGCGAUAGUCCAAUAGUGAAUUAUCAUUGAUUAAUGAAUAAUCAAAUAUGUGUUGUUCUUUUCGAAAUCCGAUUUAUUUCGUUACUUUUAUUUUUGGAGAGAUUUCUUGGUUUGGCUGAGUUGGUGUAGUGUAGUGUAACAAGUUACGUCUGUAAUCGGCUUAAAUAAGGCAUCCUGUACCGCGACUGAAGCGUUGUUUCGCGAGAGUGAAGUAUUAAUUUGUGUGGAUUGAUUUUUAGAGAGCGAAAGACGUUCGAGAUAGAUUUUCCAUUGUACAUGUAACAAGCAAAUAAUAAAGCGUACCUUGUAUGUACCUUUCGGCCGUUCAA